AUGGAUAAUUUUUAUAACUCACCACUUCUAUCCAGGCUCUUAAAAUUGAAACACCAAACCGACACAAUGGGCACGCUUCGGCUGAAUAGAGAGUUAGUCCCUGAGGGGCUAAAAGCUAAAACCAAAAAUAAUAUGAAGUCUGAUGACGCAAUAGCCGCUAAUCGUUGGAAGAAGUGCUGCGACCACGUGAUACGCGGAGAAAAUACCAUGCGGAAUUUCGAUGACAUCAUGGAACUUGCAGAACAAAAUUCUUUCAUAAUUAAUGUAACUGAAGAAUCUAGCGAUACUGAUUAG